GCUCUGCUCAAUUAUCCUGGGGCCGCUGGAGGCUUCGACUGGCGCCAUAGGCUGCUACUCCAUCGGGUCGAGGGGUCUCUUGUGGAUCUGUCUGACGCUGGACUUCGAUUUGGUUCUGGUCGAUUUUUCGGUGGCGCGGCGUCGUGUUAUCGGUCGCCGCCAGCCCUUCCCUGCUGACGUUGCGAUAGAGUGCUGCGUCUUGGACCCCGUCGACAACUGGGAGCUUGUAAACUACCGGCGGGGCGCCCGCCAGCGGGCUCACAUCCUCGUCGCCGACGUGGUCGACGCGGACGGCAAUAUCGUCUGGGUGUUGAGCAUGCCGACCGACGCGCGCUUCGGAGAGAUCGUUGGCCAGGGUUUGGGUGUCUUCCGCCUGGGCGGGGAGGAGCGCUUUGUCACCCUGGUCUCGAGGGACAAGUUGGACGCAUUCAAGCGUGAGGCGGCUCUCGGAGCAAGUGGCCGUCGAGCGCUGGAAACUGCCCGAGUGAAGGGGCAAGCGGGCUCGUCGCCGGCCGAUGGGAUCCUGGAGAUGCGGGCCGCUGUCGACGCCGUGCAGCCCGAAAUGGGGCAGAAGCUGCGGCGCUUCGAUGGGCCGAGUGCUGCGGCGGAGUUCUGCGAGCAGGUGAGAGAUGGAGCUGGGGGCUUCAUCUCGUAG